GCUCUGUGGCAGAGAGCGCUGGCCGAGUUUUCAUCCAUGCCUUUGCCGGAGUCUCGGAGCUACAACGUUGCCAUCACAGCUUGCGAGCGCGGCGGGCAGUGGGAGAUUGCCUUAGCGUUGCUUGAAGCCAUGGGCAGCCGAAAGGUUCCAGCUGACGUUGUGGGUUGGACGGCAGCCAUCGGGGCAUGCGAGAGUCCGGUGGCAUGGCCUCACGCAUUGGCUUUGCUCUCGCGGAUGGACCAAGUCCGCUGCCCGCCGAACGUGAUCAGUCUGAACUCAGCUUUGGAUGCCGUCGCGGCGGAUGGUCAGGGUCAAAUCGCUCUGGCGCUCCUGGAAUCCAUGGAGAUGCGGAAGCUGAGGCCGGACAUUCGCAGUUGGAAUGCUGCCAUGCGGGCCGCCGGGGCCGAAGGAGAAUGGGAGCAAGUCUUUGCAUUGCUGGCGCGGCUGAAGGGCUCUGCCCUGGCACCAGACAAGCACAGCUUCACCGCAGCCAUGGGAGCCUGUGAGGUGGCUGCUUGUUGGGGCGCAGCUGUGGGCCUCAUGCUGGAGCUGCGCAGGGUUGCAGUUGCAGCAGAUUCGACACUUUGUGGGCUCGUCAUCAGCGUGCACUACAAAGCAGGACAAUGGACACAGGUCCUACAAUCAAUGGAGGAGAUGGUUGCUGCAGAACUCGAGCCUGACAUCGUGAGCUGGAACUCGGCCGUUGCAGCUCUCCAAAGGAAUGGUCACUGGCUGCUGGCUCUGGGUGCAUUGCGACGGAUGCAGGAGGAUGGACCAGAGCCAGAUUCGAUAACCUACGCCACCUGCAUUGCUGCAUUGGGGCGAGAGCAGCUGUGGCAAUCCGCGCUGGGCGUGCUCCAGGAAGCCACGGAUGCUCUCGGCCCCGACUCUGGAUGCUUGGCCGCUGCACUGUCGGCCUGCCAAGGUGCACAACAGUGGCCUUGCACGCUGCACUUGUUCGACGUCUUGCGCGCGGAAGGUCGUGCGGAGGUUGUCAGCUGGAAUUCCUGCAUGGGGGCAUUGGGGCGCGGCCAACAAUGGGAAGCCUCACUACAGCUGCUGGGGGACAUGAUGACCGACAGCCUGGAGCCCACGACGAUCAGCUUCAAUGCCGUCCUUUUUGCUUGCCAGCUGGCCAGUCAGUGGCAGCAAGCUGCCUGCCUUCUGUCCAGAAUGCAGAAGCUCGGGCCCAGUCCGGACAGCAGCUCCUACGGCACCUGUUUACCUGCCUUCGGGAGGUAUCAGCAGUGGCCCUCUGCCCUGGAGAUGCUGGCCGGUGCAGCAGAGUCCGAACUGUUAUUGGACCACUUGGUUUUCAAUGCCGCCAUCUGCGCAUGCCAGAAUGGCCAACAGUGGCGGCAAGUGUUGGUGCUGCUUGAUGACAUGCGGACCGCACAGCUGACGCCGGACGUCCUCUGUUGCACUGCCGCCAUCGACGCAUGUGCCAAGCGGCAGAAGUGGCAGCUGGCUUUGGCACAGCUAUGCACCAUGACCGAUGCCGCUGCGCCGCCCGAUGUUGUCAGCUGCAACACCGUCCUGGUCGCUUGCCAAGUGGCCGCGCAGUGGCAGCAGGUCCUACAGAUGACCUCU